AUGUUAUUUUUUAAAUAACAUUUUUAUGAAAAGUUAAAUUAACAAAGAGAUAAAUAAUAUAAAUAAAUUGAGAUCUAAUUUUUAGAAUAUCUUAUAAAAUUAUCAUAUUUAUUCAAGAAUAUAGAAGAAGCUCAAAAUCAAUGCAUUAAAAUUUUAACAUUUGUCAAAAAAGAAUUUUCUUAAUUUUAGUAUAUUUUAGACUAAACUUUGAAUAAAACAAUAAAUAUUGGGGAAAAUCCUACUAUAUCAUAAUUGUAGCAAUUAGCUUAGAAAAUUGAUCAUAGAUAAUAAAAUACUUAUAAAGAUUUUAUUAAUAAACUCUAAGAUCUAUUCAAAGAAAUUAGAAAUGUUUUUAAUUAAUUAGAUAAUAAAUAAAAAAGUAAUAAGUGAGUAUCUUUAAAAAUAAAGAGAUUACCAUUAAUGAAGAAUUUUGUUCUAUAAGUUUUGUUUUGAUAGUUUUUUAGCUACUUCAGAAGAUAAAAAUAUUUUUAUUUGGAAGCUUGAUAAUUAUAAAUUUGAAAAAAAUAAAAUUAUUGAAUAGUCAUUAAGAAAAAAUCACUUUUAUUUAAUUUGGUAGAUAAUUAAAUGGUUUUUAUCUGGUUCUGAUGAUAAAACUCUAAAGAUUUCGAAGAUUAAUUAAGACUAUUGGUGUUGUAUUAAAACUUUAGAAGGACAUCAAAUUUACAUUAGUGAUAUAAAAAUAAGUUAGGGUGAAAAUACAAUUCUAUCAUUAAGUUUUGAUUUUAAGAUUAAAAUUUGUUUACAGAAAGAUCAAAAAGGUUAGAUUUGUUCUUAAACUAUUGAUAACCAUAAAAAUUAAGUUUAUCAUAUAUCAAUAAACAGAUAUUAUAUAUAUUUUGUAUCAAGUUCAGCUAAUUUAACAUCAAUAUUUUGGUUAAUAAAAAAUGGGAAAAUUUUUAUACAAUAGAAAAAAGAAAUAAAAUGAAUAAAUUAAAAGAAAAUGUUUUUUAAAUGAUAAUAAAUAGUAUGUUAAGUUUUAGGAUUUCCAAAAAUAUUUACAAUAUAGAUAAUAAAAAUAAUGA